UGUUUGGUUUUGGGCUUGGUUUUCCUAGUAUAGUAGUAUUUCUAUCUAAGUAGUAACUUCAAUGUAAUAUAAGAAAAUAAGCGAUAUUAGAAAACAUUAUUAAUGUGGUUCAGAGUUAAUAAUAAAAAUAUAGAUUGUAAAUCGUGUUUUCCAUAUAAAGCAGUUGCUUCUUCUUACCUGUAUAAUGGAAACAGCCACCACUAAGUCUCGUACGCCAAGUCGAUGCCGGGAGUGGGAACGCAAUCGGAGAAACAAAUUCAACGAUGCUAUAACAAGGCUAGGCGAAGUUGUAAAAGAAAUAAACAGAGCCAGUAAUGCUUCUAAAGAUGGAGAUAAUGUGCAGUACCCUAAGAUCGAAAUAGUCGAGAAGGCAAUAAUAUGUCUCACAAGCUGUGUCCAUGAAAAAACUCAAUUGAAAGCAGAAAUUCUUGCAUUACAAGUAAAAAUUGAUUCAGAAAAUAAACAAAAGGAAAAUAAAAAGGAUGCAUCAACACAAGUUUUUCUUAAUAAAAGCAAGAAACGGCAAAGUGAUAAGUAUAUGAAAGUAUUGAUGCUACAGAAGUCGAAAAGAAAAGCUUUGAAGGAGAAACCUGUGUUGACCACAAAUGUUACAGUAAAAUCUAAAGAAGACAAUAGUAAACCUUCUGUAAAAGUAUCUACUCAAAACAUACCAACUAAACUGCCUACAUUAUUGCCCAAGUCUAAUCUGAAUGAUAAAAAAAAUCCUGAAAAUACUUAUGUAGUACUACCAGCCGCUCCAUACAUCUUCCCUCAAAGACCACUUCUAUUACCGGCAGUGCCACCAGCAUUUUUGUUACUAGACUCAAAUCUACAAACACUAAAUAAAUCUUCAUUCCCUAUAGUUAACAGAAAUAAUAGUGAUGUCACUAAAACUACAAUGGUCAAUAUUCUCCCUAUAUCUGCAUAUUCCCGUCCACUGUCAGCUACAAAAUCAAAGAAAAAUAACUCUAAAACAAAACUUGAUAAUACAAAGAAAAUCAGAAAGACUAAGCAAACAGCAAAGCCUAAAAAGCAACCAGUCGCCAAUACUGAUUCAUCUAAGACGAAGGCGGCUGAUGAAAAAGACGCAGAAAAUAAAGAAAAGGAUAUAAAUAAUAAAAACACUCCUGAAAAUACGCAAAUUGAAAAUUCAUUAAUAUCUAACCAUACUAUUGUUAACAAAUCUACACCAAAAGAAACUAUUCCAAAUAAAAAUAUGAAUGCUGUUGUAAAUAAGGAAAGUCAAAAUACUACAAAUCCCAAGAUAAUCAAUGAAGUUACUUUCACCGAUAAAACAAAAGAAGCUGUAGUUAUUGAAACACCAAAAGUUAUAAAUACUCCUAAAUGUUCUGAAAUUGUUAUUGUUGAAAAAGUAAUUGUUCAAAAACCCAGUGACGUUGGUCAGAGUACAGAAGAAAAGAAUAAAGCUAAUAAAAUAACUAAUGAAAAAGAUUCAAUAGAUAAGGAUAAAGAAAAUAAACUGCCAAAUAUACUAGACACGUCACUAUGUGAAAGCACUGUGGAUGGAGGCAACGCCCGCCUUGAACUAGCAGAAGAAUUUUUGGCAGCUUCCCCAACGGCAGCAUUUCUUAUGUCUUUCCCAUUAGUCAGCGGCAACAGAGCUGAUAGCCCCGCAGAGGAACCACCAAGUACUAUAUCAGCCAAUACUAAAGAAAGCAAUCACAGACGAAAUGAAGUUACCACUCAGACCGUUCCUUAUUACGAAAAAACGAAUCCCAAUGACGUUAAAGAUAAACCUGUGAGUAAAUCACACAAUACAUCUAUCACCUUAAAUAAACAGAGCUCACAAAAGUACGUUGAUAAUAAUAUAGGCAGUAAACAAAACGAAAACAAAACGACCAAUGCAGCGGUGACGUCAAAUGUGCCUAAUGAAAAUCCGUUUUUAAACCUUCCUAUGUCAUCACUUUUACCAACCAGUUGCACUCUCUCGGACUCUACUUUUGGUUUAGAUUUCGAUUGCAAUAUAAGCAAGUCACUGCCCACACAGUCUACAAGUUACGCAAGUAACAGUAACUUUUUCUACAAGAGCGAUCCAUUUAGCACAGUCAAAAGCACUAUUUAUAGUACAAGCAGCAUUUCUUCAGGCCAUGAAUUUAAUAGUUUUGGCCUAUAUCCCUGCGCAAUGGAAAAAUAUACCUCGAAAAAUAAAACAGACUAUUCAAAUGUCGAAGACAAUCUAAUGAAAAUAGGGUCAUCCCGAUUAACUUACGAUAUUGAUCUGGGUUGGUCGCACAAAGGCUUUGAUUUUGUAAACUGCACCAGUGCUCCGAAUACAUUUAACAAAGACAAUAUCUUAACAACAACAUCCGGACCCUAUUCCACGUCCUACAAUCCAUUUAACCCAGACUUUCACGUUCCUUUGGUAACUGCGAACUCAAACAAAAAAGAUUCUACGACGAAGCCUAGUUCCACUUUCUCUGAAACGAUUACAAGCUUUUAUUCACAACCAACGAAUUUAUGGUCGGAGGAUGUGCCACUUUAUUCAAAUAAUAACACUUCUAAAACAUUGCCUAGCAGACAUCAACAUUAUUUACAUGUAGAUCAGACGCAAUCAAAUCUAAAACUAAACACUGCAAAACAAUUCGAGCCCAAACCAAUACCUGAUGCUGGAUUAAACAACGUGAUCAAACAAUCGCAUACUGGAGUUAGUCAACAAGUACCUGACAAAUACACUAAGAAAUCUCCAAGUAAGAUGCACAUUAACUGGAUGACAUCUGAGAUAAGACCCAUGCAGACAAAUUGUAACCCGGCGCAUUCAGAAUUAAAAGAACCACAUAAACCAACAAACACUAACAGUGCUUCAGUAUAUAGCCAAUUAGAUCACAACAUGUCCAAAAAGCAAGAUCACACUGAAAAUAAUUACUUCCCCAUUUCUAUGCAUAAUUUCCCCCCACAAACAUUGCAAGAAGAAUUGCAGCAGGUGUGGCCAUCAACGAGGGCAGCGGGCACAACAGAGAUAAGCAUUGACCCUCCCCCUAUCAACUUACCAACACUUGUCGGUGACCUAGCACUUGGACCACACGACAAAAAGAGAACCACUGAAAUGUCAAAUAGAAACGGGCCACCGACAGAUAUACAAAAUUGUAGUAAUUUCUUCUCCGUGACACAGCUGAUGAAUCGGUCUUCAGACAAUAACAUGCCAUCUCGUUAUCAAGGCCCUCACAUAGAAAGUCAAAAAGCCAUUUCAGUGAAACAGAAUACAAGUCACUCCACCAACGAUACUAACCGCAAAGUUAUGCCACGCGCCGAGAAUCAAAUACCACAGCCUUGUUACGUUUUCAAUGAUUCAAAGCCAAUUAAUUCAUUCGAAAAUAUGAAUCAGUUUUCUCAUAGUAAAUUGAAAACAAACAAGACUGACAAGAGUUCAAAGGUCCAAAAAAAUAAUUACUCAGCUGAAGCUUUAAUCCGCGGUGGCCCUUGUAAUCAGAAACUUCAGGACAACAAUAGCACAAAGUUCAUGCUUCCGUCACAAAAAUAUAAUGACUUCAACGCCGCCCAGGAUACCAGUGUAGCUCAAGUGUCUCAUUUUCCUCCUAUAUUAGAUUACUCGGACAAUUCUUAUACCGGACAACAUUUUUCUGGGACAAACUUAUAUAAUUCUACAACAAAUACAAUUUCAAAUUCAUUUUAUACGAACUUUAUACCUGGAAGCAGUAACUUGAUGUCUGGAAACUAUUCGAGUGGUGCGUUCACUGGCGAUUUCAUUGAUUACAAUCAGUCGACAGAAUGUAAUUACGCUAAUCAUAAAUAUAGCGAACUGAAGAUGAGAAACAACCCAACAAUGUUCCAACAAGAAAAAGUGCCUUCUAACUACAAAAGUUCACGGCGGGAGUCGGCUGCGAAACAUAAGCUAGAAUGUUCUAAAAAAGAUUCGAAAAAAUGUCAAAGUAAAAGAGCUAAAUUAAACAACGAAACUGAAGACUGGAAUGAUGCGUCGCAUUUGUUGUGGCAGAAUAAGACACCAACAAAAAGACAUACGAACUUGAUGUCGGAAGAGUUGCCUUUCCCGAAUUACGUGGGUAAUCAGAUGACGGGGCAGUACCAACCAGACUUCUUCAACAGCCACAUCAUGACUUCCAACAUGCAGACUGUGGGCCAUAACGUCGACCGGUCUCUUACGAGCUUUCCGGUCACAUCGAGAGCCAAUUUCAAUCUCAGCACUAUUUUUCCAGAAAUUACUAUGAAAGUGCAAUGAUAUCCUAAGUGUUGAUGGCAAGGCAAGUUGUACGAGUAUACGACAUAGAUUCCUCAACUGUGAUUUUAAGAAAUAAUUUUAUACCUAGGUAAAUACCUACUUCGUGUUAAAACUAUAUGUAAAUUAUAUAAAUAUAACUUACAAAACUGUUUUU